AUGUCUGAGGGUGUGACUUAUGCCGACCUGAAGUUUGUGAGGCGCCCCCCCCGGGAGGACGCAACCGGAAGCCCCUGGGCAGGGCAGCCGCACCCCGCUCAGCUUCCCCCCACUCACGCCGCCCCCUCCUCUCCUCCAGAGGCAAGCGAGGCAGAGCUCACCUACGAGAACGUCCAGGUAGCCAGGCCGGGGGACGAGAGCGCGCCCAGUGGCUCCCAGCCCUCCCAAGGGUGGAGUCGCAAAACCUGGUAUGUGGUCUGGGCAUUCACGGGCACGUGCAUCUUUCUCCUCGCCACCACCAUCGGAUUCGGGCUCCACUACGGGCAGCUCUCGCAGCACCUCCAGCAGGAGUCCGAAGCCCGCCGGGUACACAGCCUCGUCCUGACGGAGAAAAUCCACGCCAGGGAGGAGAGCCUGGAGCAGUUGCAGGAGUCGCUGCACGAGGCCGAGUCAGAGCUCAACGCCACCCGGGUGGGACUUUGGGAGAGCCGGAUGCAGGCGAACAGGACCCAGAGGGUGCUGGAGCAGCGGGAAGCGGUGCUGAGCCAGGCGAGCCUCAAUCUGACGAAGCAGCAGAAGGCCCUGGAGGAGCAGACGAAGGCCCUGGAGGAGCAGGCGAAGGUGGUGGAGGAGCUGCGGGCGUCACUGGAGGAAGCGCGCCAGAAGAUCGGCUGCUGCUCCACGGGGUGGGUACUCUUCCGGCGCAAAUGCCUCUGGAUUUCAACGGAUCGAAAGUCUUGGAAAGACAGCAUAACUUUUUGUCGGUGGAAAACAUCGCAGCUGGCCAUCUUAAGAAGCCCCUGGAAUCCUGAAGAUCUGUGGGCUGCAGAAGGACUGAAUUCUCACCAGUACCUAAAUACCUACUGGAUCGGACUAAGUUACAGCACUUACUCCGGGAAGUGGACUUGGGGUGACGGUGCUCCCUUGGACAGGGAGCUGAAUUCUUGGUACAGUGGAGACUGUGGAGUACUGAGUGACGGGCGCCUGUCCAGAAGACGCUGUGACUCGACUUCUCGAUUCAUCUGUGAGAAAGCACCCCAGACCUAGGCACGCGCUUUCGACCCUGUGGCGGAGGCCACGUCGCCAACAGCAUGGCUGGCCUGCAGGGGCCAUGCACGCCGAGCCGCCCUGCCCCCCGCACGUGGCCCGCGGCUGCCAAGAGGGGGCCGGGAGUGACGCGGGGGCGACGGUGGCGUUCAGCUGGGGGAGCAGCAAGCGGUGGCGGAAGGAGGGGACCCUGCCUGUCCCCCCCAGUGUGGCCACGCAAGCCUGGAAGACGCCCGCCCGCCCCUGCAGGAGGCGCCUCGCAGACCCUCGACCCAGGAAAGGAUCCUGCUCCCCGCGGGAAAGCCACUAGCGGCGCUGCAGCUGCCCCCCACUUCCACGGGGCAGCACCCCCUCUCCUCCAGGAAACCCUUCCGCCAGACCCGGCAUCAGGGCGGGCAGAGAGGUGCGGCGGAGCCUUCGGUGGCAUCGGGGGCAAGGGCGACACGCAUGCUCCGGUCUCCUGCCUCUGGGGGCUUGUGCCAGGGCCCGGGGCCGCUGUCCGCCGCAGGGGCCAGACCUUGCUUCCUUUGCCGAGAGGAGGCUGCGCCCUCCGCCAAGGUGGGUGGACUGGGAAUGUCCCUGAGCUGUCGAAUAAAGUCCCAGGAGAACGGA